UUCACCUUCACCUUGAACGAUUCCUUCUCUGAUUCAUCGCAUCUGGUCUAUCGGAAUCAUGAUUCAAGUGUGACCUCCUUGUCAAUGCCCUCGCAGAACUAAGCACAGAGAUAGAGCAGAGCCGAAUCGCAAGCCGACCUCCACGUUGACCCCUCCCCGCAAGCUUAUCCCCAUCUCGUCCUCAGUGUCGCUGCAUCCCUCGCUAUGGCUUACAGCCAGCUCCUUGAUCUGGCCCCUGAAGUCCUACACAAUAUCUUCCAGAACGUGGAACCAACAGACCUUGCAUCUCUGGCCAGAACAUGUCACCACCUGAACAACUGCAUCAGAAGCGAUGAAUUCCUCUGGCGACUCCACUAUCUGUCCCGCUUUGAUCCUCCUCUAGACAGCGAUACCAACUCCUGGCGCGAGAGACUGACUCGUCUAGUGAACCUGCAAAAGAUCCUGGAAUCAGAUAAUGACGAGAUAAAGACUCAGUCACUAGAAGAAGUGCUUACACAGACCCUAAAGCUGGCGCACCAAGCCACCGCCUCAUCGACCAAGAUCACGGACUUCCUGUCAAAUCUCUACACCAAGGGUGCCAACAUCAACACUAUCCUAUGCAGAUCUAGCCUCUUCGCCCGUGCCCGACCCCAUCAAUGGCCCGCUGCACCCACAGAAGAGCUGCGCCAAAUCUCUGCUCAACUCCAUGUUCUGGCAGGCAUGAACCUAGACUCCCCUUGGCCAGCCUCAGACGGACUGUCGUGCCCGCACAUCGCGGUCGCUGGACUUCGUGGCCCAUUUGACGAUAGCUACGACGACGACGACUAUGAUGAUCCGGACAUCGACGAAGACAACCAAAGCGAAGAAGAACGCCAUCUGCUCCGAAGUAGUCCGCGUCCCAUCCGAGAUGUGCACCCCUGGGCUCGAUCGCGAGUCUACGAUUUACGCCGAUACAACGAAUCAAACAUGUGGGGCCCCUUCACCGACGACGGUACUCAACGCAUCGACUGGGAGAAGGUACAGGCCAUCAUGGUCGUCCUUGGCUACAACCACCGAAUGUACACGGAACGGCGCGGGUUGAGCGGCACCGACUUCCUGGGCCUCCCUAAUUCUCCUCCACGGUCUACUGGCGAAGGGAGCAGGUCGAUCUCGUCGACCAGGUCCAACCUCCUCAAACCCUGGGAAAACCUCUUCUCCGGCAUCGCCCCCGACAGUUAUGUGACGUCCCCGCUCACUGGCAAAAUCAAGCCCGCCCCCAACCCCAGCCUGGAUGCAUUAGACCCCUACGGUGUGACGGGGACGUGGAUGCGCAUCGUCUGUUUCCUGGACUACAACGACCUCUACCGCUUCAACUUUGAGAGAAAUGUCGACAUUCCGAUGAGCCAAGAACGGGACCCGAUCACGACGAGAGAGGCAUUUCGAUUGAUCCGACUACAGUUGCACGUCACGAGGAUCGAGGAGCAAGAGGAGAAGGGGGAAGAUGGGCGAGAUUUGCUGCCGGUGGUGUAUUUUGAGGGCACCAGCCGGAGCACCUUCAUGGCGUGGGAUCCUAACGCGAAUUCCAGGAUAAGAGGCUCCGUCCGCGAAACCCCGACCAGGGCGAUCCGCUGGAUCUCGUUCUCCAUCUUCCACGGCGAAGAGCGCUGGCGCUCCGAGGGCGUGCAGGUCGGCGGCCUCCGCAGCGCCCGUGGCAUCUUGGGCAACUGGUUCGACAAGGACUACGACGUGCACGGGCCCGCGGGGCCGACGGCCUUCUGGAAGGUGUCGGACGAGAUGAUCGAGGAGAAGCGGCACAAUCUGCCGCAGAUGCUGCAGAUUUUCAUGGCCGAGUAGAUCGAGAGAGAAAGGGGGCGGGGAGAGUUUGGUUUUGGGUCCUGCCUGACCGACUGAUAGAGACGAGACGGUUUUUUUUUUCCCUCAUUCUAUCCCUUUUUCUCCUUAUCGGUGUCUUCUCCCCACGCUUGCUGCCUCCGGCUAUCUUUGGGAUCGGUGCUGUGCGCGUGCAGUGCAGUUCGGGAAAUCGAGAGGGGAACACAGAGGGGAGAGCGUGGGUUGAUGGUCGAAGAUGACGAAACGUCCUGGGAGCGCUGCACGACGGGCAACACACGCGUGCUAGCUCCUCUGCUGCGCCAGGCAUGGCUGAUGAGUGCUACGUAGCGAGGCUCGGGCUCGGGCUCAGAUUCAGGCUCAGGCUCAGGCUCAGGCUCAGGCUGGAGGGUUCAAUGAAUGGCAGAACGAACCUCAUCUUUCCUACGGCGCUGGUCGGUACAUUCCAUAGGAAGGUAGUCAGUCUUUUCUUGUUGCAGCGGCGGAUCCCGUUUCAUUCAUCC